AUGCGCAAAAAAAAAAAACGUUGAACUACAUUAUUCACAUUAAUUUUUGUAUGUAAUAAUAAUUGUAAUGCCAUCUAAUAAAAUUAAUAGUACGUUCUGUAAAGUAAUCGGCAGCAGCUGUAGUCUGUGUAUUUUUUUUCUCGUGAUAACAACAACCACCUGUGAGCUGACAAGUAUAAUGGCCAAUUAAGUAUUUACCGCGAUGGCCGUCAACUCGACAAAAUACAUUACCAAUACAUUGGUCGAAUUUCUUCUGUUGACCGUCGAACCCAACUCUGUAUUGAAAAGCGCAGCCGUCAAAAGUCUUCAUUCCGUCGUCGUGUGUUACGACGUACAACAUUUUUACCGAACCCGCAAAUGCUUCAUCGAUACUCGCGACGUGUCUAUCGGGUUGGACGAAUUUCAAUCGUACUGCGACAGUAAAGUGUUUUCCAAAUGCGGCGCCGCGAGACAGAGCAACGGUUACCACUGUUUAAUGACCGUUGGCGAACUGAUCAAAUUACCGGAGUGGGCCGGUCUGUACGCCGUGGUCGGGCCCGCCGUCAUGAAGUUUCUGUUGUUCGAUUGUCUAUUGUUCGUGCCGCACAGGGAGAACGUUUACUUCUGCGUGGACUCGUCGUCUGGACAUUGUGGCCGUCACGAGGUCUUACAGGCGUUCCGGUCGAUGUCCAAGUUCGUUUGGAAGGACAAAAGUCGGAAAAGCUUUGCGGACAACCGCACGCACGCUCCCAAGUGUUAUAAGAUUUCGGACUUGUUCAAGAAUAUCAAGAAACCCGGACAGAUGGACGCGGCGGCCAUGUUGACUGAAAUCCGUCAGACAGACGUCGGCGGCAGUGUGGAAUACGGCCAGUUAAGUUUUGAGCCUCUGAGGAAAAUACUGGAAAAGCUGUCGGCCAGAGACUCGCGGUCCGCGUACAAACACAUGUAUUACAGCGCAAUCGAUGGACAUCGUUCGCAAGCCAUCCCGUUGGGCAGAAUAAAGAAGUUUGCGGCCACGGUGGUGCGGAAAAUCGUGCCGGUCGAAAUGUUCGGCACCGCCGGCAACCGAGAUCAGUACCAGAGAAACGUGUCGAAAAUCUUGGAUUCCGGCAUGGGCCACGAAUUCACCGUCGAGCACGUCGUCCACAAGAUCAAAACGUCCAGAGCGGCGUGGCUGAGACGCGUCGUGUCGCCGGCCGGUACCGGGGCCAUGGCCAAAACGCUAACGUGGCUGACCAACGCGUUCGUGUUCGGCCGGAUAACUCAGUUCUUCCAGGUGGUCACCACUAACGUGCCCAGCUACGGGAUUGCGUACUUCGCCAAGCCCACGUGGACGUCCAUGUACGACCGCACCGUGCAGCCGUUAACGGAGAGCGGGUUUUUCCAAGAGGUCCGCCCGCAAACGGCGGCGGUCGUCGCCCGCAGGAAUUGGAGGGUGUGUCCGUUCGCCAAGCUCAAAGGGAUCCGUUUGAUAUUUAAACUGAACCGGGAACCCAGGGACAAGGCACUGAUGAACGACUGUCUGGUGUUCUUGCGGUGCCUGGCGAACGCGUAUCCGAGGACCAAGUCCGUGGACAAAUCAAAGUUUUUCGAAAGCUGGCAAUCGAUGCGCGUGUGCCUGAGCAAGUCCAAACGGCCCGUGUACUACGUCCGGACAGACUUCCGGGAUGCGUUUACCAGCAUCAAACAACAACCGCUGCUCGCCGUGCUUAGAAGUUCGAUCAAACGGCACUUUGGGGCAAAGUCGCAGGAGCUGUACAUGAAUACGGUGGACGUGGUCAAGUGGGCUUCCGGCGCCACGGUGUACUGCAAAAAAAUGAAAUACUUCGACGGCCUGCCGCCACCCAAGUUCCCGGACGGUGCGUUGUUGUUCCACGACAAGAGCUCGAUCGUAUCACUGAACCGAAUCUGGAACGCGGUCAAAACAAGCGUAGAGGGCAACGCAGUGACGCUUCACCGGCGUCCGAUGGCCAUGCUCCGAGGCAUCAUCCAAGGCGACCGGUUGUCCACGAUGUUGUGCGACAUCCUGCUGGCCGACCUACAGUCGAACCAGCUGAAAUCGUGCGUCAGCGGACCGUCGCGGUUGCUGUACCGGUACAUGGAUGACUAUCUGUUCGUAUCGUUCGACAGACGGGCGGCCGAACACUUUCUUGCCACCAUGAGCGCCGGAUUCGAAAAAUACGGCUUGACGAUAAACAAAGACAAAACCGAAACCAACCUGUAUGGGACGACGUCCGACGGCGGCGGGUCGGUACGAUUUUUGGGUUUGCGCGUCCACGUGGACACCGGUGAAAUUACGCGGGACGAGCAAGUGUUCCGCGGCAAACGACCGUUGCACUUCUUCGACUACGGUCUCGCCGUUCGGCCUGGAAAGCAAUUGUACCGGCGGGUCACUAGCCACUACCACUACCCGUUGCCGAUCGUCUUGUUCAGCAAAACGUACAACUCGCCGGCCACGGUUGUCCGUAACUUGGCGUCCGUCGUAGCGCAUAAAGCUUUCGGUGUUGUCACUUCGGCAAAGCAAUAUUUCUGGCACGCCAACCCGGCGUUCUUGUGGCGUCUCGUCCGGGACGUCAGCAACGUUGUGUACGCAAAAAUGUGCUCGCUGCGCCAACACUGUGCCAUCACUCCGGCGCAAGGCCGGUGGAUCGUUUACGAGGUGUUCAAGAAAAUGUUGCACAAAUACUUACCGACCGACACCGUUUGGGUGAUCGACCAAUUGCGUGCCAACCAAGCUAAAAUAGAAAGCAAUUCCAAUGUGCUUACGGUAAAAAAAUCUUUGCGCUUUUAUGAUUUCACCAAGAUGUUCGAUUAAAUAUUGAAGAAAAAAAAUGCAAUGUUAUUUAUUUAUUGUAUAUUAUGUUUUUAAAUUUGUAUAUAGUUUUUUUUUCACCUUUUAAUUCAACAUUAUAGAAUAAAUUACCAUUAUAUUAAACGAUAUUACAGUUUCUUAUCAAUACAAAUAUUUAUUAUAACCAAAUCCAAAUGUAGGUAUGAUGAUUGAUCGUAAUAGUUUACCCGAAAACAAUAUGUAAU